AUGAGCAACUGUGCCAAAAGGUACGAAGGCCAAUGGUCCGAUCUUCCCCCUGAACUUGUCUCGGACAUAGCAGACCGUCUAGGCACCGACGAGCUUCAAAGUUUUCGCACUGUCUGCAAGGCUUGGAAUUCAGCUUCUUACACAGCCGUAGCCAAAGUCGAACCUGCACCGGAUAUUAAACCCUGGUUUCUACUCUAUGGGAUCACGGACAAUGAGCUUAACAAAGAUUCUGAUCUUCAAAGCCAGUUAUUGGUAAAAAAAAGUGGUGAAAAGUACCCGAUAUGUCUUCCACAACUUGAUGGAACGACAACUUGCCUUGCCUCGAACCAAGGAUGGCUUCUUUUGUUCCAACCAGGAGGUUCAAUGUUCUUUUUUCGCCCCUUCGUUCCAAUGAAAAUAGACCUCCCGAAAUUCCCAGCCUCAGAGCUCUCUGAUCAUGUUGCUGCAUUUUCGUCUCCCCCAACUUCCCAAGAUUGCAUGGUUUGCGUCAUGAGCCGGAAGAGUGAUGGAGAAUUUGAGCUGAAUGUGCUUCACCGUGGAGCCAAUGAAUGGACACAACACAAGUACGAUCGUCCCAUUGAUACAAUCAAAUGCGCUGCUUAUCGCAACGGAGAAUUCUAUUUUCUAGACAGUAAGAGUGGUUAUAUCACGUUUGCUAAAGACUUGAGCUGGAAUCGUGAUUAUUUAGUUGAAGUUAGCAAUGAAGUGACUGAAUGCAGGCCAUCGCCGGAUUAUUUUUAUACUGAGGACAGUUAUUUUCAGACGAAGGACAUGAAGAAGAAGCUGGGGUUGGCAGAUGAUGCCUCGAUAUCUACGUGUGGGACACUAAAGCAGUAUCAUGGCCUUCCUCAGUUUGUUUUCAAUGAGACUAUUUCCAGUAAUCGUGUUCAAGAACCCGAAAGCCGGCAAUUCAAAGGGGUAUGGAUCUACCCGAAAAUGUUCUAUCAAACCUCUCUAAAAGAUGAGAUAUGGUAA